AUGGCCGAAAAGAAGAAACAACUCCACCUAACAGCUUUCAUGCGCCCCGUGAGCCUCCAUACAGGAGCCUGGCGCUACCCGGGUGCAUACGCCGACGCAAAUUUCAACAUCAAGCACAUUAUAUCAUUCAUUCAAUCGCUUGAAGCUGCGAAGUUCGAUGCCUUCUUCAUGGCAGACCACCUCGGGGUGCUGAAUAUGCCGCUUGAAGCACUGAAGCGAAGUCACACUGUAACCUCCUUUGAGCCGUUCACGCUGCUCUCUGCACUCUCGCAGGUUACGUCUAGAAUAGGGCUAGCGGCGACGGCGAGCACGACGUACGACGAACCCUAUCACAUUGCACGACGGUUCGCGAGUUUGGAUCAUUUGAGUGAAGGGCGUGCGGCAUGGAAUAUCGUUACAACUGGGAACCCAGAAUCGAGUAAGAAUUUCGGGAGGGAAGAGCACGUCGAGCAUGGAGAACGUUAUAAACGCGCUCGAGAGUUUUACGAUGUGGUUACGGGGCUAUGGGAUAGUUUCGCCGACGAUGCAUUCCCGAGGGAUGUUGAGAGCGGGGUAUAUGUCGACCCUGAUAAGAUACAUGUUUUGAAUCAUAAAGGGGACGAGUUGAGUGUGAGAGGGCCUUUGAAUAUCGCCAGGCCGGUUCAAGGAUGGCCAGUCAUCGUGCAAGCUGGUCAAUCAGAGCCGGGCCGCCAACUUGCUGCAGAGACGGCUGAAGCUAUCUUCUGCUCACCAAGAGAUAUCGACGCUGCGAAGGUUUUGUAUGCGGAUAUCAAAGGACGAGCUGAAGCGGUGGGACGCGACCCGGACCAUUUGAAGAUUCUGCCGGCGGCGUUGAUCGUGGUUGGGGAGUCCGUGGAGGAUGCGAGGGAGAAGAGGCUCAAGUUGGACAGCCUUGUGCAUUAUGAUUCGGCAAUUGCUUCGCUUUCGAUUGCUUUGGGAACGGAUGCAUCGAAGUUUGAGCCGGACGAGCUGCUGCCUGAAGACAUCCCCGAGACGAAUGCGAGCAAGACUAGUCGCGAAAGCGUGAUCAAUCUGGCGAAGAAAGAUGGGUUGACUGUACGUCAAUUGGCGUCGAGACUGGGUGGGUAUGCGGGACUGGCAUUUGUGGGGACGCCUGAGACGGUGGCCGAUGAGUUGGAGGUGUGGCUCAAUGAAGGAGCGGCGGAUGGGUUUACUAUCACGUUUCCUUUCUUACCGGAAGGCUUGGAGAAUGUGACUAAACGCUUAAUUCCUGAACUUCAGCGGAGAGGAAUCUUCCGCAGUGAGUAUGAAGGAACGACGUUGAGGGACCAUUUGGGGUUACCUCGGCCGAAGAAUCGCUUCUUCUCAUGA